AUGAAAAAUUCUUUUUCUUCAAUCCGACAACAGCGUAAUGAAUCUUCUGAGCAAACAGAAUUUGAUAAAUACCUCAAUAUUCCUGAGAUAGACCAAAUAGAGGAAAAUGAUCCAUUAAAUGAUGCAAAAAUAUUUAAACAAGGCUAUAACGAAAUAGUUAAGUAUGUACCAACUAAUUGA